CCUGGGGUCUUGGUCUCUGCUCUGCAGGUUCCCCGCUACACUCAUCUAGCGGCCGUCCCCCUUUAGCCGAAUACCCUUGGUUUGAGGAUCCCCAGACUUUCGGGACCACAAGGCCUUGGCUUCCCUGGGACCUGGUGGCAGCGAAGGGGCGCCUUUCAGUGGGAAAAGGGCACAUCCGCAGGCCAGUGAAGAUGUCACUGGCCAGUGGCCACUUUCCUCCGGUUAUCUGAGAGUCGUUACCGCUGCCCCAAAGGCAAUCUCGGGGAUCGGGGAUCCUGGGGACUUCACCCUAUGUGAUUUCCAUCACUUGUCGUGUUCAUUGUAACUUUCGUCGAGACAGCGUCAGUCUGGGGCUUCCUUCCCCAUGCUGGGAAGGCAGGGCCUGCUCAGUCCCGGCAUGGCCAGUAGCCCCCGGAGGACCGCCUUGACAGCCUUCAUCCCCGUGGGCCAGCUGCUUUCUUCUGCUGCCCAAGGACCGCGGAGGAGCUCUUCCUUCAGCAGCUCAGAAGAAAAAUACACCAUCCUUGAGCAGAGGGACAGACUUCUUCGAGAAGAUCGAAAAAGGAUAGUGGCCCUGGACAAAGCUGAAGCUCUUACUGGUACGUGUCCAGACAUGUGUCCUGAGAAGGAGCGCUACCUGAGGGAGAUUCAGAGCCAGCUCAGCCCCUUUGAGAUGCUCCCGGGCACUGACAAGGUAGACCACACAGCAGCCAUUAAGGAAUACAGCAGGUCCUCUGGUAGCCUGGAGAAACUUCUGCCCCACGAGCUCCGGCCCUUGGCUGUGCUGAGUAUGACCAUGGAUUAUAUCGUCACCCACAUCAUGGACCAAGGAGAGAGGAACUACCAGGACUGGUACAGCUUUGUGUGGAACAGGACCCAUGGGAUAAGGAAGGACAUUAUCCACCAACACCUCCAUGACCCUCAGACGGUGUCCCUGAUGGAGAAAUGUGCUCGUUUCCAUAUCCACUGUGCCCACCACCUGUGUGAGGAGUCCAUCGCCACCUUCGAUGCUCCCAUCAACAAGGACCAGAUAACCAAAUGCCUUUUCACUCUGAAGGAGAUGUAUUUGGAUCUAGCCAGCGAGGGCACAGCCUGCAGGAGGGAAGCUGAGUUCCAAGCCUACGCCAUCUUGCUUGCCCUCAACCAAGGGGAUGUUCUCAGACAAGUGCAGCAGCUCCAGCCCCACGUCUGCAACUCCCCAGAGGUCAAGUUCGCCAUCCAAGCCUUCACGGCCUUAAACAGCAACAACUACGUGAGGUUCUUCAAACUGGUCCAGGCGGCUUCCUACCUGAAUGCCUGCCUGCUCCAUGGCUACUUCAGCCAGGCUCGGGCGAAGGCCCUGAGGGCCGUGACAGCCACUCACACAGUGAGCGCCCAGAAGACCACGGGCUUUCCUCUGGACCGGGUGAUGGCGUGGCUGCUCUUCAAUGACUCCAGGGAGGCUGUGAGCUUCAUGCACCAUUAUGGGCUGCAUGUCUCUGAGGGCUAUGUUGAACUAAAUCGGCAGGCGCUCAGGGAACCCAAGCAGCCCUUCAGGCCCAAGAGAUCCACCUUCAUUUUGGAGAAGCUGACCAUGUCCGUGGGAGAGGUGGUGAAUGGGGAGCCCCUGCCUGCUGUGCCUCAGCACAUCCCUGAGACCAGCUUCAGCCCUCGAGGCGAGUAUAUUGGAGAAAGAGCUGAGAUGAUCAUUGCCAGCUCUUGGAAAAGCACCCAUGUGGAUGUGACAGUUUCACCAUCUGGGCGAAGAACAGAAAAGAGGUUCUUGGGUCCCCAGGAGUCUGAGUCAGCAGCCUCCUCUUCCUUCCUCCCCUUCAUGGACCUGGAACUUUUCAUCAUGAAACGACGGCAUGUUUUCCCAAGACUGGGUCAAAAUGAAAAGAUAAAGGAAAACAUUCUACAUUAUGAAGAAUGGAAAAGAGGAAACAGAAGACAAAAGGAAUUUGGUUGGAAAGGAGAAAAUGAAAGUAGGAAGGAAUUUGAUGAUGGAACAUGGCUUGAAAUGCAAGAAUGGGAAGGAGAAUAUAGUGAGAGACUGAAGGGACAAAAUGGAGAAAUAUGGAAAGAUCAAGGAAAGGAAGACAGAGGUGAAUGCGAUAAACAAGGUGGAAGAAUAAAAUACGGAAGUAGCUUUGUCCAAGAAAACAGGAAACGAGAACAGGGAAAGGAAAAAGAUGGAAGAACUUGGAAUACAGAACAUAAAUAUGAGAAAAUAUGGGAAAUGCCAGAUGAGGCAACAGAAGGCAGAAUAUAUCUAAAAAGACACAUUAGGGAGAUGAAAGGAGGAAGAAAGAGGGGACAAGACUAUGAAGAAGAAUUAGAAAUAGCUAACAAGAGAAAAAUUAUAGCACAAAACCAGGGAAGGAAAACUGGAAGACAUCAGGAAAGAAGAGAAAACUUCUUAGAACAUGGGCAACUAAAUCUAGAAGAGGAAAAAGAAAACAGUUGUGAGAGACGAUCUCAAAGAGAACAAGGAAGACCAUAUAGAGGAAUACAAGGAGGAUCUGGAGACAAUGUUUGGGAAAGAAAAGAGGCAGUUACAGAGGAGGUAGAAGAAUGGUGGUGGAAUUAUAGAGAAUUUGGAAAAGGAAAAAGAAAGCAAAAGGAUAUAGAAGAGGAGAAAGAAAAACAAGAAAGACAUGACCAAAAAAGAAAAAGCAGUAGGGAUAGGGAGCACAAAUAUUACGAAGAAAAGUAUGGAGAAAAAGAAGUAAAUUGGGAAAAAGAACAGGAAGGCAAAAAAACAAGAAAAGAAGGAAAUGAAAAACGACAUAGCCACAAAAAAGGAGGCCAAAAUACUCAAUAUAUAACAAAGAAACAUGGAGAAAAGAAGAAAAGUGAAAACUGGAAAAAAGAAUAUAGAGAAAAACAAGAAAGAAAAGAUGGGAGAGGAGAGGGACAAUGUGGAGUAGAAAAAGGGGGAGAAAAUAGAGAAAGAAAAGCUGGGAAACUAAAUUUUAAAGAUAAAAAGGAGGAAAGACAUGUUAGAGAAGAAGACAGAGAAAAUGAUCAGGACCAGCAUUGGAAUAAAAAAGAUAGAGGAGAAAAAGGGGAAAAUGAAUGUGAACACAAAAAAAAUAGAAAACUGAAAAGAGAAAAUUAUAAGCACAUAAACAUUGCAGGGAAAGAAAAGAGGCAGUUACAGAGGAGGUAGAAGAAUGGUGGUGGAAUUAUAGAGAAUUUGGAAAAGGAAAAAGAAAGCAAAAGGAUAUAGAAGAGGAGAAAGAAAAACAA